AUGCGGGCGCCUGCGCCUCAAGCAGCCUUCCUUAGCGAAGCUUCUUCUGGCUUCACAGCAGACGACAAGCGCCUCGUCCGCGAUCUGAAGCCGUUGGAGAUAGUCCGACUGGCAUCGGCUUCGGAUGACGAGACGGUGCGGGUGUGGGAUGCAAAGACUGGACAGCCGGUACACACUCUUAACUUCUCAAGGAAUAUUGUAAGGCCGACGCACAUACUCAACGACCAUAUCGACAGGUACAGUAGCGUGGCCUUCUCAGCGGCAGGAGAUCGAUUGGCAUUGGCUUCGUGGGAUAAGACGGUGCGAGUGUGGGAUGCUAAGACUGGACAGCCGCUGCACACGCUUGAGCUUACAAACCGGGUCCGCAAAGUGGCCUUCUCAAGGGAUGGAGCGCACCUGAAAACGAGUCGCGGGUCCAUGUUGCUUCCGCUAGCAACUCUGUCUACGUCUACUUUUCCUCCUAAGUCUUCUGUAGAGCGCAUCUUUGUGGGGCAUAGUUGGUUGACGGUAAACUCACAAGAUACGCUUUGGAUACCUGCUGACUGCCGGCCCAGCCAUACUGAUGUUCACAGCUGUCGGGUUGCGUUCGGGUACACCUCUGGGAGGGUGUUACUGCUCGAGUUGUGGUAA